UAUAAUGUGUCGAAGUCUUAGAAGACUAGAUCUUGAAAAUGUGUUUUUAGUUGAUGAAGUAUUGGAGAAUAUCAUCUUAAACUGUAGGUUGAUUGAAAAUUUGAAUAUUCAUCACUGUGACGGCUUGAGAAACAUUACAGUAAAAGACCUCAAAAAACUCAAAGAAUUUUCUGUUAUCUAUGAUGGGGAACAGAAUGUUCAAGUUUAUUCACCAAAUUUAGAAUCCUUUACUUGUCAGAGAGGUUCAUGGUAUUGUCAGUCAAUCCGAGGGAGGCUUAGGUUGUUCGCUACUCAAAAUUUGAAACUCCUAGUAUUAAAUGGUAUUUGCAUCACUGACGAGUUUUUCUUGGGCCUUGGAAACGUGUUUCCGCACAUUGAAGAAUUGAAAGUCAGCAAUUCUAAUGAUACACAUAGGAUCAAGAUAUCUAGUCAGUCCCUCAGGAAGAUGGAGUUGAUUUGUAACGAGAAAUUAGAGGAGGUGCAAGUUGAUGCACCAAAGAUUGUUCAGUUUGUAUACGUGGGCAGCAGCAUUCCCCGUGUAUCUAUCACCAGUGCUCCCUUAAGUCAUUUGGAAUCAAGAAUUGGAGUAAAUUGCAACAACAACGUGAACAAUUCCUGGUUUUUUAAACUAAAGGAGAUGUUAACCAACUUGGGACAAUCAAAAGUUUUUCUGGGGAUAUCUAUUCGUGCAGAUGUAACAGUUAAUCUUAAUGAGAUUAGAGAUGGUCCAACCAAUCCUACACCUGAAAUUGAAGAAUUAUCUGUAGAAGUUGUUUCGUAUUGUGCAUCUAAACAGACUACUGCUGCAGCACUGCUAGACGCAUGUUUUUGGAGCUUUCGUCCUAAAAUCAUACUCCAGGAGUGGUGUUUUCGUGGAACUAUUUACUUCACACAGUUCCUCCUCGAGCUGCUGAUGAUUAGCAGAAAUCAAGACCAUCUGAAUUUGUUGGAAACCACGUUUUGGCUGAAAAAUCUAAAAGAUGUCAAAGUUGUUGUGAUGAAGAGGUCUGGGCUAAACGAUGAGUGGCAGCCUGAGCUUUCAGACUGGAAGCCCUUACUUUAUUCAUGUGACGAUGGUGGUUUCAACACAGCAGUUCAUUUCAAUUUAGAAUGGUGGUGAAAAUAUAUACAGUUUGGUCUCGAUUAGGAUUCAGGGUUUUAUGUGAUUAGUAAGUUUAGAUUACGUUUUUCACUUUAGCAAUCUAGUCAGUCUAUCAGGAAAAUACAGUUGAUUGAUAACGAGAAAUUAGAGGAAUUGCAAGUUGAUGCUCCAAAUGUUAUUGUGCUUGAAUACACAGGCUCGAGCAUCCCGCAUGUAAUUUUUACCCCUCUCUCAUGUCCUUGGGAAUUUAGAAUUAGUCUAAAUUGCCAUAAUGCGAUCGACAAUCCAUGGUUGUUUAGUUUAAAUUAAAGGAGAUGUUAACAAGCUUGAGGAACUCAAAAUUUUUUUUCUGGGGAUUACUUGUUUUGCAUCUGCAAAAGUUGAUCUCGAUGAGAUUUAAGAUGGUCCAAUGGAUCCUAGACUUGAAAUUGAAGAGUUAUCUAUAAAAUUUUCUCAACGGCAAGGACGGAAGGUUUCUGCAGCUUUUCUAGAUGGAUGGAUGCGGUGCUUUUGUCCUCCAAUCAUACAACAGGAGUGGUGUUUUCUUGGAACUAUUCAUUUCACACAGUUCCUCCUCGAGUUUCUGAUGAUCAGAAGAAAUCAAGACCAUCUGAAUUUGCAAGAAACUAAAAAGCUUUGGCUGAAAGAUCUGAAAGAUGUCAAAGUUGCAAUCUUGAAGAAGAGUAUAUUAGAUGAUGAGUGGCAGCCUGAGCUUUUGGACUCGAAGACUUUGCUGCAUUCACCCGACUCUGGUGAUUUCCACACAGCAAUUCGCUUUGAUUUAGAAUGGCGGUGAAAAUCUUUGCAGUUGGAACUGGUGCUAAUGCAAUUCAGGGCUUACCUGACUAGGAGAUGUAAACUAAUAUGUUAUACUUUAGCUAUCUGCAGUGGGAUGAACUUUUUCUUGGAACGAACAUUUUCUAUGGUAUGAUCUUUUUUGUUCGGCCUUUUCUGUCUAGAUUCUAAUUUCCUUAAAGGACAUUGAAGAUUUCAGGUUUCAUGACAGUUAUACUGAUGGAAUGCUGGGAUUAGUCAGCCCCGUAAGCUUUACUAAA